CAUAUUGUGUGCAAAUUGUAGUCAGGGAAUCUGGAAGAGAUACAGUAUUUGUUUUUUACCGAUAUCUGUUUUUAUCGUUAUCGUUGCGAUCUGGCUAAACAAGAGUCAAACACAAAUUGUAAUAAAAACAGAUAUGAUAAAUAAUGGAUAUCACUAGUGCCGCAAGUAUUUAUUUACACCAAUUGGGUGAACGGCGUCCACGAAUCUCCGAUCUCAAUGCGAGCAUAUUUCCAAAUGGUGGUCCGGAACCGUCGUCACUAGUGGAGAUCUCCGGUAACCGAAAGAGCGGUAAAACUUUGCUCUUAAUGCAACUUGUUGCCCAUUGUCUAACGCGAUGUGAUGUUGUUCUUCUCAAUACGAGCAAUAAAAUCGAUUCUCAAUUAUUUGGAAAACUUCUUAAAGAUGCUAUCAAAGCUUCCAAUCCAAAUUCCACAACUGCUGAGCUGGAGAAAAAGUUUGAAGCAUGUAUGGAAUCAUUAGAAAUUGUGAAUUGUUUUUCAUCCGCCCAACUGGAAAUGGCGCUAAGAGCCUUGGAUCAUUAUAUGCUGCUCGAGAACGAGCGAAUUAGCCUAAUUGCCGUGGAUUCACUUUGCGAGUUUUAUUGGCUCGAUCUUGGUCCAGAGGAGCGCCAACGCAAAUACACCUAUUAUAUGUAUUCGUUAAACAAUUUAAGGAAAAUUUGCAACAAAUUUUAUGUUAGCUGUAUGUACACAAUAGACAGCAGUUUUAAUAAAAAUGCGUAUGAGUCCUCGAGGUCCAUAGCUGUGGAUCACAAAUUGCAUUUGGCGCACUUUACAACUGGAGUGCGCACUUUGAACAAUAAAAACAUCUUAAUAAGCGAUAAAGGCGUGGAAGCUGAUGAUGAAAAUAAAUAAACAACCACCGUUUACUUGAAUAUUUUACUUUAGCGUGACCAAAAAAU